UAUGAUAAACAUGGCUGAAACUAAAAGAAAGAAUGGUCCAAUUGUAAAAGGAAUGACAUUAACCAUACUAAUUGAAGAUGUGAUCAAUGAUAUUCUAGUCGUUGUGUUAGAACAUGGUAGUCAUAUUUACCGAGGCAUUCUUCUCGAUGCAAACAAAAGAAACAUACCGCCAGGUGUUCAGACGCCAUUUUUCAGCGGAUCAGUUCCAGCAGACACAAAGGUCAAGAAAGAAAACAGUGAAAUUGGAGACAAAGACCAUGAAUUUGCUGUGUCAAGUAAACCAAUUGAUGUGUCUGCUUCAGUCUUCAGGCACACCUAUUUCUUCAGUCCGGAAAAUAGCCUACAAGUAAAAAAAUCUAACUUUUUUAGCAUAAGAAACCAUAAGCCUACAAUUAGGCUUCGACCAAGGCAGACACUGUGUAGCCAUUGCAAAUCUAAAUGUCUGGAUUCACAGCAUGGCCCUAUACCAAUUUCAUCAGCAGUCGCAUCUUUGUCCGAAAAGAAAGGUUUGCUUAAUACCGAAACUGCAAAUAAAACUGACAACAUCAACAACAGUACUGAGACUCACCGAAGCAGAAAGCGGCCAAACAGCUUUGAAGCCAGCAGCAAAAACGUUAAAGUGACAAAAUUAGAAAAUGGUCCACGAACAUUAUCAAAAACUAGUCCAUUCAUCAAGAUAUCAAUAGGCGAAACAAAUAUAAUGAAUAUACCACCCAGAUUGAAAAAAUCAGAAGGCAGUGAUGUUGAUAAUCAUGACAACACAACAAUUGUAGAACCCGAAAGCGAAGCUGUUGAUGACGAAGUCAUAUUUAAUUUUAAACCAAGUUUACUCCGCCAACAGAAUGAGCAGCUUCAUGUGAAGACCUCAGUAAGUAAGGAGAAAAAGGUGGCACAUAGUCAAAAUUACAAAAUGAGUAACAAAUCAAAAUGUAAAUUUCCUGUUCUAAGCAGUAAGUUCAAACCCAGUACAUGCAGUAAGUUUAGCAAGAAUUCCUGUGUUACGGAAGUAAAAAAUGGUUCAAAACCCUCUCUUGUGUAUUCUAUAAAGCGAAAUAAUAUCCAAUAUAAAGGCUGCCCGUCCUCUGCCUCUGAUUGUGAAAUGUACACGACAACAAAAUUAUGUGAAGGUCAAAACCAAAGCAGUGAUGGAUCAGCAAUGUCUGAAACGAGCAGAAAAUCUAGAUCUGAGAAGAAAAAGGCGAGAAAACUGUAUAAACUCCGUAGUCGUUCCCAGUCACUGGAACUAAAACAACACAGAGAGACAGAUAAUAAACCUAGCAGUGUUUCCCUGAAGAGUGAAAAAUUGAUGACCUUUAAGGAGGGAGAUUUAGAGAAUCUGGAUUCCAGUUCGGAAUGUGAUAGUAGCGACUACGGAGACGGCCCACCGGGUGACGAUGUAUCUGAAGUGGCUAAACCGAUCCUCAUGAAAAUCCACACAGACUCGGUGUCCAAAUGUCGUACUGAUGAUGGCAAAGAGUUUGGCCUAGAAGAUAUUGUUUGGGGAAAAGUAAAGGGCUUCCCGUGGUGGCCAGGACGGAUUAUGGCAAUCAAUGUUAGUUCUAAGGACAGCGGGGUAGUCAUACGUCAGACGGCACAGGUUGCUUGGUUUGGCUCAUCAACGAUGUCACAUAUUGAGUGUUGUGAUCUGUACCAGUUCUUGGAAGAUUUUGAGGCGAAAUACGACAGGAAAAAGAAGAGUAAAUCUUAUCAGCGUGCAUUAAAGCAAGCUUCCAUUGCUGCCAAAUGUUACCAGACUGGUGACUUGGUGGAUUUAAAUGAUCUUGAACUGGACAGUAUAGGCUGAUGGAUAGUAGUGACUUACAUUUUUUAAGCAUGCAUUUAUUUAUACAUAUUUUAAUAUAUAUUCUACAGUAUAUAAGAUAACAUUUACUGCUAUUUAUUAUCUUAUUUUAAAACUAUUUUAUUAAUUUAUUGUUACCUUUAACAAUUAAUAGGAUGUAGUCAUUGAAUUCUUAGUUUGUCUUGAUCAUGUUUCAUGUUGAAACUUAAUUUUUUAAUAUUUCUUAAUUGGUGCUUAUAAUAACAAAUAGUAUCAACUGUAUUAGUGCGAGUGGUCAAAUACUGAUAAUUUGAUUUUGAGAAAUUGUAUGCCUUGUGAAAACUGGUUCAGUAAUUUUAUGAGAUUCCAACUUUGUGUCCAGUGAUCAUACAUGUACCAACUAACAUUAUGUACACAGUUAGUACAUGUUUUGACUGUGAAUACAGGUAACAUCAUACUCUCAAUGUUGCCUGGCAGAUUAAGUUUUCAAUCAGUAUAUGAACUGACCUUGUUGGCUACUGAAAGUACACUCCAUAUUUAGGUAACUGCUGUUUGCAGUAAGUGUUCUUGAUAAUUUAAAGGGACAGUCAACAGCGAUUGACGAAAAACGAAAAGUUCUAAACUUAACAACUUUUUUCAAGUAAUGUUCAGGGUUUUCAUUAGGAUUCUUUGUAGCAGGCUUUUGAGUUAUUUGAGGAGGCCAACGUUCUAGGGGGUAAACUUACUCAUGCCCCCCGGAAAUUUUUUGAAAUAAAGGUGCCAAAUCGUGGCUUUUGAGCGAUUUUGGGCGCAUAUAUUUUACAUGAUUUUCCUCAGUUAAAAUAGAGGAUGUUAAUGUGAAUUGUAAAGUCCUCAGGUUACAUCAACUCUCAGGGGUGUCAAUUGUCCCAAAUUUGAAAUCCUGAAAAUAAAAUCUGGGUGCCGAUAGAGCCACGGUGGGUUCAGGGCACACCCUGGACAGGGGUCCAGGGGGCCAGAGAGGAUGAUUCAUUUUAAGAAAAAUGAAUAUAUUUGCUUUACUUUGUCUCUAACUUAACCAAUUAACUCUGACAAUGCCUUUAAAAGUAUGCAGUUUUUGAUAAUUCAAUUAUGCAAAAAAACAUGUAUAAUUUUAGGGUAGACUAAGACAGCAAACUAAGAAUGGGCAUCCAUUUUAGUUUUUUAAGUCAAUACAACAAUAAAUGCAUAUAGGAACACAUAUUUAAAUUAAAAAUGCAACAAUCAGAGGACAUAAUCAAUUAAAUAGUAAAUGACUACUUAAAAUAUUUUUUAGCACUGUUUGUUUUCCAGAGAUUUGUGAAUAUGCCGUUUUAUGUCCCCGGAAGCACCUGCAAUUUAACUUAUUUGAAACAAAGAAAUCGCUUCUCCUGAGCUUUAAGACACCUGUAUUUUUAAGAGAUUCAAAACAGAAAAAAAUACUUUGGCUAGCAAAUAUCAAAAUCUAUUUCUUUAAAUUUUCAUGUAGAUGCAUGGGUCUGAGGUGGAAUGUCCCCGUCGGGGGCGAAGGGCCCGGGCCCUAGCUUAAUGUAUAAUUUCUGUGCAGUACAUAACAUGUAUUCUUUACAGUAUUAAUGAAAAUCUGAAUUAAACAAACACUGGAAAUUUUAACAUUUUAAUAAGUUGUAACUUCCAAUAAUGACUAUGACAUUUCAAAAUAUAUAACUAAAUCAAUUUAAAUGACUUGUCCACAAGUAGUUAUUGCAAAUAAGAAGAAACAGUACACACUGUAAACAUCUUUAUCACAUGUCAAACAAUAACAUUCAAUAUAAUUAACCUCUACUUAACACGAUCCCAUUUUACCAAGAGUAUGUGAAUAGCAAUUCAAAUACUAUUACCAAAGGAGUAAAUUACCUUAAGAAAAAUAAAGUCUGAUAAACAUCACAAUAAUUAAAACAAUAAUACUAAAGCAUUUUAUGAUCAAAUACCUGAACAUUUAUAAGUAAUACUGU